GAAAAGAAAAGAAAAGAAAAUCUAAAACCCUAAAACAUUUGUCUCUCUUACACUUCCCAAUUCCCAAUCUUCUUCCUUCAAUCCCAGAAAAAAAGGUAAGACACACAACAAAACCGUCAAAACCCCAACAUUACUUUCUCUCUCCUUUAAUAAUUUCCUAUAAAAAUCCCACAUUUUAAUUUUUCCAAUUCUCACAAUUAAAGAAAAUUCUUACCAUUGAAAUGGCAGCUUUUGGAGUGACAAAUGCAAAUAAGUUGGUAUACUCUCCUCCAAUUUCAAAGCCAUUUCACAACAAGAAAAGUUUCGAUUUUAAUCCAAGAAAAUCGUGUUUACCCAAAUCAAUAAGAAGAAGAAAUGGACAGCAUUGUUCAGGGAUUUCUGUUUCUUGCUCAUUAAUUCCAUUGGAAACUGCUAAGAUUAAGGUUGUGGGUGUUGGUGGUGGUGGUAACAAUGCUGUUAACCGCAUGAUUGGUAGUGGUUUGCAGGGUGUUGAUUUUUAUGCCAUUAACACAGAUGCUCAGGCGUUAUUGCAAUCAGCUGCUGAAAACCCAAUUCAAAUUGGAGAGGUUUUGACUCGUGGGUUAGGUACCGGUGGAAAUCCAUCUCUUGGAGAGCAGGCUGCACAAGAAUCAAAAGAAGUUAUUGCAAAUGGACUAUUGGGAUCCGACCUAGUGUUUGUAACAGCAGGAAUGGGUGGCGGCACUGGGUCAGGUGCUGCUCCGGUCAUUGCUCAAAUAUCCAAGGAUGCGGGUUACCUCACUGUGGGUGUUGUUACUUAUCCUUUCAGCUUUGAGGGCCGCAAAAGGUCAUUGCAGGCACUGGAAGCCAUAGAGAAACUGCAAAGUAAUGUUGAUACUCUCAUUGUGAUACCAAAUGACCGUCUUCUAGACAUUGCUGAUGAACAAACUCCUCUUCAAAACGCUUUUCAGCUGGCUGAUGAUGUUCUCCGCCAGGGUGUUCAAGGAAUUUCAGACAUAAUCACGAUUCCCGGACUUGUAAACGUGGAUUUUGCUGAUGUCAAGGCAGUCAUGAAGGAUUCCGGAACAGCAAUGCUUGGAGUGGGUGUUUCGUCUAGUAAAAAUCGUGCAGAAGAAGCAGCUGAGCAAGCAACUCUGGCACCACUUAUUGGAUCAUCGAUACAAUCUGCUACGGGUGUUGUAUACAAUAUAACCGGAGGAAAGGAUAUAACUUUACAGGAGGUUAACAGAGUAUCUCAGGUGGUUACGAGUUUGGCGGAUCCUUCGGCUAAUAUAAUAUUUGGGGCUGUUGUGGAUGAUCGCUACAACGGAGAGAUUCAUGUGACAAUUGUUGCUACAGGCUUCUCUCAGUCGUUUCAGAAGACACUACUAACAGAUCCCAAAGCGUCAAAGCUUUUCGACAAAGUAACCCAGGAAAGCAGAGGACCUUCUAAUGUUCUUUCCAAGUCAUCCCCGAUCUCCCCCAACUCUGUACCACCACGACAACCUCCUAGAAAGCUGUUCUUUUAAGCUUUUUAAAGCAUAGCCCCCUCGCCAUUUUCGCCUUUUCUUUGCCCCGGCAAUUAGUCUUUCCAUCAUUUGCUAUAAUGGUUAUUAAUUUGUAAUGAUCUAAAAUAGACUAUGUUAUUAUAUCUUUGUUUUUCUAUCCCUGGUUUUA